UUGAACCUCGACCGUCCGUCACGCCGUGACCGUGAAUCGCCGCCGUUCGUCUUGCCCUUCGCGGGCGACUCGGUCCUCGCCCUCGCCCUCGCCCUCGCCCUCGCCCUCGCCCUCGCCCUCGCCCUCGCCCUUGCCCUCGCCCCCGACUCGUCCACACUCGAUACCAUCUCCUCCUCUAUUCCUCCCAUCCUCACCCCUUCGAGUCUCCUUCUCUUUGAGCCGGAGCCGCUUCACUCGACAGAAUGUCGAGCCUGGGGCAGUCGGGUCCUAAUAGCCAUCCCGGCCUCGCCUUUCCCCAGCCAGGCAUUCGACGCAGUCACGGCCCAGGCUUCCCGCCUCUACAACACGCGAACCCCCUACACCCCUCAGCAGCCUCCCCAGGCCCAAUACCCUCAUCAUCUCUUCCAAACCCAGACGCCUGUCAAUGGCAACGUCAACGGCACCUCGCGUCCCCCGAGCCACGUCCCCAAUGCCGCCGCCCUCGGACGCCAGAGGGGCCCUCCCUCGAGGCAGCAGAUGCCCCAGCAGAGCGCGCCUUCCAUGUUCCUGCCGCUGGGCCAGCAACAAAACCUCGGUCACCAGCAAAGCCUGAGCCAGCAGCAGGUUUUGGGACAGCCGCAGGGCCUCGGGGGCCAACAAGGCCUCGGAGGGCAACAAGGGCUUGGUCAGCAGCAGGGACUGGGUCAGCAACAAGGACUUGGUCAACAACAAGGUCUCGGCCAGCAGCAAGGCCUCGGUCAGCAGACGGGACUUGGGCAACAGAGUCUCGGUCAGCAGGCUGCUCUCAGUCAACAACAAGGCCUGGGACAUCAACAGAGUCUUGGUCAACAGCAAGGACUCAGUCAGCCUCAAGGGCUUGGUCAGCAGCAGCAACAGCAGCAUCAGCAGCACCAGCACCACAGCCAGCACCAACAACAUCAGCAACACCAGCAACAUCAACAGCACCAGCAGCAUCAGCAACACCAUCAACAACAGCAGCACCACCAACAGCAAAGUCUGAAUCAGCUGAACCUGGGCCAACAGAGUUUGAGCCAGCAGAGUCUGAGCCAGCAAGCCUUGGGCCAGCAGAGCCCUCAGCAGCAGCAGACUCUCACCCAGCAACAGCAACAGAAUCUCGCACAGCAGCAGCACCAACAGCAACAACAACAACAACAGCAGCAGCAGCAGCAGACACUGAGCCAACAACAAAAGCUGAGCCAACAGCAGAACCUGAGCCAGCAGCAACAGAACUUGAACCAGCAGCAGCAAAUCAAGAACGAGCCGGUUAUAUCCCACCAGCCCCACCCCCAGGCUCAGCAAACGCUGUCACAGACAACGCCCAAGCCAGCAGUGCAACAGAUUCCCCAGGUGCAGCAGGUCCAGCAGGUUCCGCAACAAGUUCAACAGGCCCAGCAGGUGCCCCAGGUCCCUCAGGUUCAGCAGGCUCAGCAGGUCCAGCAGCCUGCCCAACCUAGGCCUGAGACCCCGGCUCAAGCCAGCGAGCACCAUGGAGACAGCAUGGAGGUGGAAACCCUCGCUGAAGAUGGUGACUCGCUGGAGCCCAAAAUGGUUGAUGGCGGGCCCUUCGUUCCCCGCCAGCCAAUGGGCGAGAUGAUGUCCGCUCCUCCUGAGGGAGGCAGCUAUCCAACGCUGGAGGCAGUUCAUAAGAGCGUUCUGGCCUACUGCACGUCUGUCGGCUACGCGAUUGUCAUUGGGCGCUCCAAGAAGACCGUACCCGGUCUCAAGAAGGUCCUGUUUGUGUGCGACCGCGCGGGCAAGCCUCCCAGUCGCGUCAGCCCCGAGUUCCGCAAGAGAAAGACGUCGUCCCGCAAAUGCGAUUGCCAGUUUGGCUUCUUCGCUAUCGAGCAGCGAACUCAAUGGACGAUUCGAUACCGUCCUGAUCCGCAGCACCUGUCGCACAAUCACGGGCCGAGCGAAAGUCCCCUCCUCCACCCGGCCGCUCGCAAGCUGGACAGUAAGAUGGUUGCCGCCGUCAAGCAGCUGAAGGACAGUGGGGUUAGUGUAAACGAGACACUGGAAAUACUGCAAAACGAAAACCCUCACGUUCCUUUACUUCCUCGCGAUAUCUACAACGCCCGAGCGGCCAUCAACCGCAAUCCUCAAAAGGUUGCCACGGGCUUGGCCGAGAACCGACCGGCCAUAUACAGCAAGCCACACCCGACGGCAGAGGAACGAAUCCGUGCAGACCUGCGAAAGGAGCUGGCCAAGGCUCGCGAAGAUUUCGACAAGUACAAGGAAGAAAAGGAGAAGGAGAUUGCCGGGCUGAAGAAGACUCUGGAGGAGAAGCAGCAGAUCAUUACGAGAUUCGAGAUGUUUAUCGACAUUUGCAAUCAACGUGUCAUGGUACAGCGGGAGAUGCUCGGCGGGGAGACGACUGGUCCCGGUGCUCCGAGUCGUACCUACGAUGAUGCCGACUUCGUCUCUGUAAAUACCAUCUUCCCGUCCGAAAACACGUUUGCCGCCAUGGAGGUGGCUUCACCCUCGAUCCCGGGCGCCAACGGCGUCGCCUCGCCCACGUCCGACAUCUCGAUCGAUCCCAUCCGCGUCGUCGACCACAUCACUCUGGCAUGCAAGAUAGCUCUCGGCGCCACCCCCGAGGAGCUCGAGAGCCCCGGCAGCUUGCUGCACAAGCAUCGCUACUCCGAUACCGUCCAGCGCUGCACCCGUUUCGCGACCGAUACCCCGAACACCCUGUACAUUCAGAAGGAUAUCCUACCCGCGUCCACGAUACAGAAUGGAGAGGACUCAAAGCCUCUGUCCUAUACAUACUCCCUGACUACCGAGAUCUCCUCGUCCCCGACGACCGCGUCUGUCCUCGUCCUGCUGAAGCAGAGACCCGGCCCCAUCGACCCCGUGCUCCCUCUUACCUCCCAGAUACUUCUCACUAAUCUCCCAGGCCCUGCUACUCUGAAUGCCACCGCCGGCGAGCAGGGUCCUUCGACCUCGCCCUUUGAGAUUCUGCACUCUUACGUUCACAAUGCGCUGGCGCCGUACUUUGAUGCCAAUACCCGGAGCCAAAUCACCAACGGUACUAGGGGCAGGGCCGACGUGGACUCCAAAACUGGUAUUCCCGUCACCAAGAAGAGGUGGAACGAUCUGGAGUUGAGCUUGCUUCACCUGCAGCAGAACGUCGAGAUCCCCGAGGUCUCCCUCAUGUUCCACACCAUGGUCCAGAACGCGUUGGAGGAGGCCGAUUCGCGACACUCCAAACCGACCCUCGACCUUAUCCCGGGCGCUGUGCUCUCCGACAGUACUUUCCUCAACAGCUUGCAGAACAACGUGAACAGCUGGAUCAAGUCUAUUCAGGUCAUCACGAGGAUGACGCGCGACCCCGCGGACAACGCCAAGGACUUCAAGUUUACUGCCAGCCAGGAGGUCAACUUUUGGCUGUCGAUGGAGUCUGCGCUGGAGGGAAUCGAGGGACAGCUCCGCAGCGAAGGAGUUUUGUUGACGUUGGAGAUUCUCAAGCACGCAAAGCGUUUCCAGGCGACUGUCAGUUUCACUGCCGAUACUGGUCUGAAAGAGGCCAUGGAGAAGGUCCAGAAGUACAACCAGCUCAUGAGAGAUUUCCCGCUCGACGAACUGCUCUCCGCCACGUCCUUGUCCAAGGUCAAGGAUGCCAUCGUGCAAAUUUUCGGUCACUUGAACAGGAAGCUGAGAAUCUGCCCCUAUCCUAUCCGUAGGGCAUUACCACUUGUGGAGGCCAUCUCUGGCGACUUGGACGAGGUUCUGCACAGACUGCUUCCGGGAACGGAGCUUGUCAACCUCGACUACAGCGAGUUUAAGGGAAUCAUGAAGUCUUGCGACGACAUCUUCACGACUUGGGAUGAGAGCAUCAAGGAAUUUACCAACGUGGCUCGUGAGGUCACGCGUCGCAGAAACGAAAAGUUCAUUCCUAUCAAGGUCAACCCGAAGCACGGCGAGCUCCAGGGCCGCCUGAAGUAUGUUAGCACCUUUCGUGACAAUCAUGAGCAACUGCAGCGCACCAUCGUCAACGUGCUCGGUCCCAAGGCUACCGUAAGCGGCCUCACCGAAACGACCAGCACCAACGGCGUCGUUGUCGUGGAGGAGAUGGGCGAUGUCGACGCCGUUGAGGAGGUCAAGCAGGCGUGGGAGGCACUCAAGAACGUGGAUCUCCUCGACGUAUCCUCCGAAGGCACGGAGAGAUGGGCUAAGGCCGAGAACAUGUACAACGAGCGGACUUCCCGAGUUGAGAACUCCAUCAUUGCGCGUCUCCGAGACCGACUGGCCACUGCAAAGAACGCCAACGAGAUGUUCCGCGUCUUCUCCAAGUUCAACGCCCUUUUCGUGCGACCCAAGAUUCGUGGUGCCAUCGCCGAGUAUCAGAACCAGCUCAUGGAGCACGUCAAGCAAGCCAUCCACGGCCUCCACGAGCGUUUCAAGCAGCAGUAUGGCCACUCCGAGGCUCACGCCAUGGCCCAGCUGCGUGACCUCCCGCCUGUUUCUGGUGCCAUCAUCUGGGCCCGACAGAUCGAGCACCAGCUUGAUAAUUACAUGAAGAAGGUUGAGGACGUUCUCGGUGUAGAGUGGGCAAUUCACGCCGAGGGUCAAAAGCUCCAGAGCGAGAGCAAUCUGUUCCGCAAAAAGCUUGACACACAAACGAUUUACAAGGCUUGGCUCGACGAUGUUCAGCGUCGCCAGAUCUCCAUCUCUGGCUUCCUCUUUGAUAUCCGGCGCAUGCGAUCAACAGGAGGUAACUACGAACUCCUGGUCAACUUCGACCCUCAAGUCAUUACCCUGUUCAAGGAAACGCGGAACCUCAUGUGGCAAAACUACGCCGUGCCCCAUUCGAUCAACAAUGUGUCCAAGGAUGCCAAACGUGUGUACCCCUUCGCUGUCAGUCUCAUGGAAAGCGUCCGCACCUUUUCGCAGAUCAUGCGCCAAAUCUCUGAGAUGGGCGAAGAGGCAGUUCUUGUGUACGGAUAUAGGAAUGAUGUUUACGCGCUCGUGUCCAGAGGUGUCCCCCUCAGGUGGGAGUCUUUCGUCAACUCGCACGAGAUCUUCUUCUCCACUAAGAACAACUCCGCUCUUCCCUCUGUCUCUGAGUUCGGACUGUCCAAGCCGUCGGAGAGCAAGCACAGCCUUUUCAUCCGCGAGUUCGCUGCAGCAGUGUCCUUGCUGCAGGGAAAGACUGCGACACUGGCAUCAAUCCAUGCGACCGUCGAAAAGGCCCUUGCCGAGCUCAACACAUGCCCUUACGAGGCCACCGCCUUCACCUCGCGCUUGGAGACCAUUCAGACAGCUGUUGACCAGCUUAACUUGGAGCAGUAUGUCAAUCUGCCCUACUGGGUUGAAAACAUGAACCAAAAGCUCAAGGAUGUGCUCCUGGCUCGUCUUCAAGACGCUAUCCUCGCCUGGAUUCAAGCCUUCGAGGACGAAUACCUUGACGACGGCCGUCGGAAGCAAGUCACCGAGCACGGUGAGGAGCCCGCUUCUGAAGGACCGACGAUCAAGCGCUUGGUUCAUGAGUUGUCCAUGCGAAACCAGGUGAUCUACUUGGACCCUCCCCUGGAGUAUGCUCGCUCCAGCUGGUUCGUCCAGUUGCAUGACUGGCUCGGAAUUGUUUGCAACCUGAAGAAGAUCAAGGCCACUCGUUACCAGAUGACCCUUACGACCACAACCCUGGACGAGCCCCGCUUCGACGAUCUGCCCGGUGAAUGCACUGAUCUGCUCAGCCGCGUGUACGUCUCUGUUGAGAAGAAGAUUGAGGAAGUCGGCACCUACGUCGACAAGUGGCUUCAGUUCCAGUCUCUGUGGGAUCUCCAGUCAGAGCAGGUGUACGAGGCUCUUGGUGACCAGUUGGCCCGCUGGCUGCAGCUUCUCCAGGAAAUCCGCAAAACUCGGCAGACAUUCGACACUCAGGAAGUCAGCAGACAGUUUGGCCACACCACGAUCGACUAUGACCAGGUUCAGACCAAGGUCAACGCCAAGUACGAUCAAUGGCAACACGAAAUCUUGAUGAAGUUCGCUAGCAGACUCGGCAACCGCAUGCGUGAAGUCCACGCUGAGAUCGAGAAGGCCCGUCGUGACCUCGAGAGCCAAGGGUUGGAUGCGUCGUCCACUGCCCAAGCCGUCCAGUUCAUUACUGUCGUGCAGGCCUGCAGGCGCAAUGUCAAGCUCUGGGCACCUGAGAUUGACAUGUUCAGACAGGGACAGUCCACUCUUGUGCGACAACGCUACCAAUUCCCCAACGACUGGCUGCACAUUGAACAGAUCGACAGCUCUUGGGAGUCUUUGACCGAGAUCCUUGAGAAGAAGUCCAAGAUUGUCCAGGACCAGACCGAUGCGCUCAAGUCCAAGAUCAUUGCAGAGGACAAGAUCGUCAAUGACAGAAUUGCGGAGGUUGCUGUACAGUGGAAUGACGAGAAGCCCGUUUCUGGCACUAUCCAGCCCGACGUCGCGUCCGCUACGCUCAGCUCUUUCGAGAGCAGAAUUUCCAAGCUGCAAUCCGACUUCGAGAUGGUCGCGAAGGCUAAGGAGGCUCUUGACAUUCCUGCUACCCCCGACACCUCACUCGGUAUUAUCCUGGAGGAAGUUCAAGACUUCCAGUCCGUCUGGUCCAAUCUGUCUACCAUCUGGGCCAGCCUCAACGAGACGAGAGAGAUUUUGUGGACGGCCGUUCAGCCGAGAAAGAUCCGCUCCAAGAUUGACGAUCUUAUCAAGAGCACUAAGGAAAUGCCCAGUCGUAUGCGUCAGUACGCUGCCUUCGAGCACGUCCAGACAAUUCUUCGCGGUCUGCUGAAGGUCAACUCUGUUCUCUCGGACCUCAAGUCCGAAGCUAUCAGGGACCGCCACUGGAACAAGAUCUACAAGCAGAUCAAGCCUGGCAAGCGCUACUCGCCAGUCUCCAUGACCCUCGGUGACGUCUGGGACCUCAACCUCGUCGCCACGGAAGUUAUCGUCAAGGAUAUCAUCGCCCAAGCCCAGGGUGAGAUGGCCCUGGAAGAGUUUCUCAAGCAAGUUCGCGAGACUUGGUCUAACUAUGGUCUGGAACUCGUUAACUACCAGAACAAGUGCCGUCUCAUUCGUGGCUGGGAUGAUCUGUUUGCCAAGUGCAGUGAAAACCUGAACUCCCUGCAGGCCAUGAAACACUCUCCUUACUACAAGGAAUUUGAAGAGGAGGCAAACUCUUGGGAGGACAAGCUUAACCGUGUUCACGUCCUCUUCGACGUCUGGAUUGACGUCCAGAGACAGUGGGUGUACCUGGAAGGUGUCUUCACCGGCAACGCCGAUAUCAAGCACCUGUUGCCCGUUGAGUCCUCCAGAUUCCAGAACAUCAACAGCGAGUUCUCCGCCGUCAUGAAGAAGGUCUACAAGCAGCCGUACGUCCUGGACGUUCUCCAAAUCCCCAACGUCCAGAAGUCCCUCGAGAGACUCGCUGAGUUGCUCAACAAGAUCCAGAAGGCUCUGGGAGAAUAUUUGGAGAAGGAACGUGUCUCGUUCCCCAGAUUCUACUUCGUCGGUGACGAGGAUCUCCUCGAAAUGAUCGGUAACAGCAACGACACCCUCCGUAUCGCCAAGCACUUCAAGAAGAUGUUUGCCGGCCUCUCAGGAUUGAUCAUGGACGACGAGACCAUUAUUUCUGGUUUCACUUCCAAGGAGGGCGAGGCCGUGCGUCUCAAGAAGGAGAUUUCUUUGGCCAAGACACCCAAAAUCAACGACUGGCUCGCCCUGCUGGAGAGCGGCAUGAAGAAUACCCUUGCCGAGCUCCUUGCUGAAGCCGUUGAGCACUACACGCCCAUCUUCGAGUCCGAGAGCAUCGAGAUGUCCGCCUUGAAUGAGUUCAUGGAGGCUUUCCCCAGUCAAAUCGUCGUCCUUGCUACCCAAGUCGUAUGGACGACUGUUGUCGACAAGUCUCUCGCUGACGGUGGCAAGACUCUGCAGUCGCUCUACGAGCGCGAGGUGCAGGUGCUUCGCCUCCUUGCCGAUACCGUCCUCGGCGAUCUCGAGGUCAUCCAGCGCAAGAAGUGCGAGCAGUUGAUCACUGAGUGUGUCCACCAGCGCGACACCAUUGAGAAACUCAUCAACCUCAACGCAACGACGCCCACCCACUACUUCUGGUUGCUCCAGAUGCGUUACACCUACGGCACCGAGGGCGAUUUCCUCCAGCGUCUGCAGAUCAAGAUGGCCAACGCCAAGCUCAGCUACGGUUUCGAAUACCUCGGAGUUCCCGACCGCCUCGUCAGGACCCCUCUUACCGACCGCUGCUUCCUCACCCUCACUCAAGCCCUCUGCCAGCGUCUGGGUGGUUCUCCCUACGGACCUGCUGGUACCGGUAAAACAGAAUCAGUCAAGGCUCUUGGUCUCCAGCUUGGUCGCUUCACUUUGGUCUUCUGCUGUGACGACACUUUUGAUUUCCAAGCCAUGGGUCGUAUCUUCCUUGGUAUUUGCCAAGUCGGUGCCUGGGGUUGUUUCGACGAGUUCAACCGUCUUGAAGAGAGAAUCUUGUCUGCCGUCUCUCAGCAGAUUCAGAACAUUCAGCUUGGUCUGAAGCAGGGCGCAGAGGAUGAGAAGGCUCAGAUCGAGCUUGUGGGCCGUCAGCUUCACGUCAACGCCAACACCGGUAUCUUCAUCACCAUGAACCCUGGCUACGCCGGCCGUUCCAACCUUCCCGACAACUUGAAGAAGCUGUUCCGCAGUGUUGCCAUGUCCAAGCCUGACAAGGAGCUCAUUUCCGAAGUCAUGCUGUACUCUCAGGGUUUCAACCAAGCCAAGCAGCUGUCCAAGCAAACCGUGCCUUUCUUCGACCAAUGCUCGGCCAAACUGUCGAAGCAAGCCCACUACGACUUUGGUCUUCGUGCCCUGAAGAGUGUUCUCGUCAGCUCUGGAGGUCUCAAGCGUGCUCGGUUGGCAGCUAGCGGCGGUAGCAUCGGCGCUGAAGAGGUCGUCGAGCCCGAGAUCAUUGUCCAGAGUAUUCGGGAGACCAUUGCGCCCAAGUUGAUCAAGAGCGAUGUCGAGAUCCUCACUGAUGUUGAGGAGAGUUGUUUCCCUGGUGUCCAGUACGUCCCUGCCAACUUGGAGGCGCUUGAGGAGGCUAUCAGAACGCUCGCCGCCGAGAGACAGCUGGUUGUCAACGAUACCUGGAUGACCAAGGUCCUCCAGCUCUACCAGAUCCAGAAGAUUCACCAUGGUGUCAUGAUGGUGGGUAACUCUGGUACGGGUAAAUCCGCUGCUUGGACCCUUCUGUUGGAUGCACUUCAGAAGGUCGAGGGCGUUGAGGGCGUGCAGCACGUCAUCGACUCCAAGGUCAUGUCCAAGGAGGCACUGUACGGAAACCUCGACUCGACCACCCGCGAGUGGACGGACGGUCUCUUCACCAGUAUUCUUCGAAAGAUCGUCGACAACCUCAGAGGUGAAGACUCCAAGCGCCACUGGAUCGUGUUUGACGGUGAUGUCGACCCCGAAUGGGUUGAGAACUUGAACAGUGUGUUGGACGACAACAAGCUCCUCACCCUUCCCAAUGGUGAGCGUCUCAACUUACCUGCCAACGUCCGCAUCAUGUUCGAAGUUGAGACCUUGAAGUACGCUACCCUUGCCACCGUCUCUCGUUGCGGUAUGGUCUGGUUCAGCGAGGAUACCGUGUCGCCCAGCAUGAUGCUUGAGAACUACCUCGAGACUCUGCGCUCAAAGCCGUUCGAGGACCUCGACGAGGACAACGUCGCCGCUGGACAGAGCCCCGCCAAAGCUCUGGCUGUUCAGUCUCAGGCCGCCGAUCUUCUCCACGCUCACCUCAGCGGAGAGGACUUCCUUGCCCAGGCGCUCAAGGAAGCGGAGGGCUUCAACCACAUUAUGGACUUCACUAUUGCCCGCGUUCUCAACACUCUGUUCUCUCUUCUGAACAAGGCCGUCCGCGACAUGAUUGAGUACAACGCUCAGCACUCCGACUUCCCCUUGGACCCCGAGCAAGUCGAGGCUUUCAUCUCCAAGAAGCUCCUCCUCGCUUUGGUCUGGGCUCUCACAGGUGACUGCCCUCUGAACGACAGAAAGUCAUUUGGUGAUGUUGUUUGUGGACUGGCGAGCUUUGGCAACCCGCCUCUGGACGGCACCAGCUCGCUCAUCGACUUUGACGUCACUCUGCCCAAGGCCGAAUGGUCUCCUUGGCAAAACCAAGUGCCCAGCAUCGAGGUCAACACCCACUCCAUCACCCAGACCGAUGUCGUUAUCCCGACACUCGAUACCGUUCGUCAUGAGGACGUCCUCUACUCUUGGCUGGCUGAGCACAAGCCCCUGCUUCUUUGCGGUCCUCCCGGUUCGGGUAAGACUAUGACGCUCUUCAGCGCUCUUCGCAAGCUCCCCAACAUGGAGGUUGUUGGUCUCAACUUCUCCAGUGCUACUACUCCGGAUCUUCUGAUCAAGACUUUCGAGCAAUACUGCGAGUACAAGAAGACACUGAACGGAGUCAUGCUCUCGCCCACACAGAUUGGCAGAUGGCUCGUCAUCUUCUGCGAUGAAAUCAACUUGCCUGCUCCCGACAAGUACGGAACGCAGCGAGCUAUCUCCUUCCUGCGUCAGCUCGUCGAGCACAACGGAUUCUGGAGAACUUCGGACAAGUCCUGGGUCACGCUUGACCGCAUCCAGUUUGUCGGUGCUUGUAACCCUCCCACCGAUGCAGGCCGUACUCCCCUCGGCGCGAGAUUCCUCCGUCACGCCCCUCUUAUCAUGGUCGAUUACCCCGGAGAGCUUUCACUGCUCCAGAUUUACGGCACCUUCAACUCCGCCGUCCUCAAGAUCAUCCCGGCAUUGCGCGGAUACUCUGAGCCGCUUACUCAAGCAAUGGUCAAGUUCUACCUUGAGUCUCAACAGCGGUUCACUCCCAAGAUCCAGCCCCACUACGUAUACAGUCCUCGUGAAUUGACGAGAUGGGUGCGUGGUAUUUACGAGGCCAUCAGACCCCUGGAGACGCUUUCCAUCGAGGGACUCGUCCGCAUCUGGGCACACGAGGCUUUGCGUCUCUUCCAAGAUCGUCUUGUCGCUGAGGACGAGCGGCAGUGGACCGAUGAUGCCGUGCGACGCAUCGCUCUUGACCUUUUCCCCACCGUUGACGAUCAGAAGGCCCUUGGCGGACCCAUCCUCUUCUCCAACUGGCUCUCGAAGAACUACGUCCCCGUUGACCGCGAACAACUUCGCGACUUCGUUAAGGCCCGACUCAAAACCUUCUGUGAAGAGGAAGUCGACGUUCCGCUCAUUCUAUUCAACGAUGUCCUUGAUCACGUUCUUCGCAUCGAUCGUGUCUUCAGACAGCCCCAGGGUCAUCUCAUUCUCAUUGGUGUCAGCGGUAGUGGAAAGACCACUUUGUCCCGUUUCGUCGCCUGGAUGAACGGUCUCAAGGUCUUCCAGAUCAAGGUGCACGGCAAGUACUCCGCCGAAGACUUUGACGACGACCUCCGCGAUGUCCUCCGCCGCUGCGGCUGCAAGGGUGAGAAGAUCUGCUUCAUCAUGGACGAAUCCAACGUUCUCGACUCUGGUUUCCUCGAGAGAAUGAACACUUUGCUGGCCAACGCCGAAGUCCCCGGUCUUUUCGAAGGAGACGAGUUCGCCGCCCUCAUGACGGCCUGCAAGGAAGGUGCCCAGAGACAGAAUCUCCACCUUGACUCGCCAGAGGAGCUGUACAAGUGGUUCACUCAACAGAUCGUCAAGAACCUGCACGUUGUCUUCACCAUGAACCCGCCCGAGGAUGGACUCGGUUCCAAGGCCGCAACCAGUCCCGCCUUGUUCAACCGUUGCGUUCUCAACUGGUUCGGAGACUGGUCCGAUCAAGCCCUCUUCCAGGUCGGCCAUGAGCUCACUACAUCUAUGGAUCUGGACCGUCCCAACUUCCAGGCGCCGGACACUAUCACGGUGGCAUACCGCGCACUCCAACUGCCUCCUACGCACCGCGAGACUAUCGUCAACUCCAUGGUCUACAUCCACUACUCCCUCCAGCGCUUCAAUGCCAAGCUUCUCAAGCAGCAAGGCAAGGUUACGUUCCUUACGCCCAGACAUUUCUUAGACUUUGUCGCCCAGUAUGUCAAGCUGUAUAACGAGAAGCGCGAAGACUUGGAAGAGCAGCAGCGCCAUCUCAACGUUGGUCUCGAGAAGCUGAGAGACACUGUCGACAAGGUUCGCGACCUGAGGGUCAGCCUUGCCGAGAAGAAGACUCAGCUUGAAAAGAAGGACGCCGAGGCCAACGAGAAGCUGCAGCGCAUGGUUGCCGACCAGAGAGAGGCCGAGCAGAGGAAGAACACCUCCUUGGAGAUCCAGGUCGCUCUGGAGAAGCAAGAAGCCGAGGUCGCGUCGCGGAAGAAGGUUGUGUUGGACGAUCUUGCAAAGGCCGAACCCGCUGUCGAAGAGGCUAGGGCCAGUGUUAGCAACAUCAAGCGUCAGCACCUUACCGAAGUUCGAUCUAUGGGUAACCCCCCUCAGGGUGUCAGACUCGCUCUCGAGUCUGUCUGCGCUCUGCUUGGUCACAAGGUCAAUGACUGGAAGAUGAUCCAGGGUAUUAUCCGCCGCGACGACUUCAUCGCCAGCAUUGUUAACUUCGACAACGAGAAGAACAUGACCAAGGCUCUGCGUCUCAAGAUGCGCAAGGAAUUCUUGUCGAUCCCGGAAUUCACAUUCGACAAGGUCAACCGCGCCUCCAAAGCAUGUGGACCCCUGGUGCAAUGGGUUGAAGCGCAGGUUUCGUACUCCGAGAUUCUGGACCGUGUUGGCCCCCUCAGAGAGGAGGUCGACCAGCUCGAGGAGCAAGCUCUGCAGACAAAGGCAGAGGCCAAGGCUGUUGAGAACACCAUCAACACUCUCGAGUCCAGCAUUGCGCAGUACAAGACGGAGUACGCUGCGCUCAUCAGCGAGACGCAGGCUAUCAAGUCUGAGAUGUCCAAGGUCCAGUUCAAGGUCGACAGAAGUGUUAAGUUGCUCGACAGUCUUUCGUCCGAGAGAGUCCGUUGGGAAGAGGGCAGCAAGUCCUUCGAGACUCAGAUCAGCACCCUUGUCGGCGAUGUCCUCGUUGCCGCUGCCUUCUUGGCUUACAGUGGUCUCUACGAUCAGACUUUCCGUAAGUCGAUGAUGGACGACUGGUUGCAUCAGCUCCAGCUCUCUGGUGUUCAGUUUAAGCCCCACAACCCAGUCACUGAGUACCUCUCGACUGCCGACGAGCGCCUCAGCUGGCAGGAGAACAGCCUGCCGGUCGAUGAUCUGUGCACUGAGAACGCUAUUAUCCUCAAGCGGUUUAACCGUUACCCUCUCAUCAUCGAUCCUUCCGGCAGAGUCACGGAGUUCCUGCAGAAGGAGAGCAAGGACCGACGCCUUACUGUCACCAGCUUCUUGGACGACUCGUUUACGAAACAGUUGGAGAGUUCGUUGCGUUUCGGUAACCCCAUCCUUAUCCAAGAUGCUGAAUACCUCGACCCUAUUCUCAACCAGGUCUUGAACAAGGAGUACCAGAAGACUGGAGGUCGUGUCCUCAUCCAGCUUGGCAAGCAGCAGAUCGAUUUCUCUCCUUCCUUCAAGAUCUACCUGUCGACUCGUGAUCCCUCCGCCACCUUCGCUCCCGACAUUUGCUCUCGUACCACCUUCGUCAACUUCACUGUCACGCAGAGCAGUCUCCAGACCCAAUCACUUAACGAUGUGCUGAAGUCGGAGAGACCUGAUGUUGAUGAGCGACGAUCCAACCUCAUCAAGUUGCAGGGCGAGUUCAAGAUCCAUCUCAGACAGUUGGAGAAGCGUCUUCUUCAGGCUCUCAACGAGUCUCGCGGCAACAUUCUCGACGACGACAACGUUAUUGAAACCUUGGAAACUCUGAAGACCGAAGCAGCAGAAAUCUCUGACAAGAUGAGCAACACCGAGGGCGUCAUGGCCGAAGUCGAGGAAAUCACCCAGCAGUACAGCAUCAUUGCCCGCUCUUGCAGUACUGUUUUCGCCGUGCUGGAGCAGCUUCACUACCUCAACCACUUCUACCAGUUUUCGCUCCAGUACUUCCUCGACAUCUUCCACUCUGUUCUCCAUGGCAACAAGAAUCUUGCCAAUGAGACUAACCACAACAUUCGGCGGGAUAUCAUUGUCAAGGAUCUGUUUGUCAACGCUUUCAAGCGGACUGCGCUCGGCCUGCUUCAGAAGGACCGAAUCACGCUGGCCAUGCUGCUUGCUCAGGCUUCGCCUUACAAGAUGGACAAGACAUUGAUCGACAUCAUCCUUGAUGAUCGCGUGGAGGGCAAGGAUCUCUCUACCGACUUGGAAUCCCGCGAGGACGCCUGCGCCAGAGCUGGUCGCAUGAGCGUGCUCAAGGACAAGUUGGAGCACAUCACCCCCGAGCAAUGGGAGAAGUUCUUCUCCGAGGAACUAGCAGAGAACUUCGUCCCUAAGAUCUGGGAGGAUAACGUUGAUCCUUUCGACCAGGCCUUACAAUCUCUCCUUCUCGUGAAGCUCUUCCGCCUCGACAGGUUCGUUCCGGCUGCGGAGCGCUUUGUUUCACUCGUCUUUGGCGCCGACAUCUUUGACGUCGUCGAGGACCUGAAGGAGACCGUCAGCCAGGUGCCCGCAACCCGACCUAUCUCCCUGGUCUCCAGCCCUGGUUUCGACGCCAGUUACAAGGUGGACAAUCUCGUCGAAAGAAUGCGCAUCAAGUGCACCAACAUUGCCAUGGGUUCCAACGAAGGUCUGGCAAGCGCCGACAAGGCCAUCAGCAACGCCGCGCAGCUCGGCAACUGGGUCUUGGUCAAGAACGUGCAUCUUGCUCCUACUUGGCUGCAGAGUCUCGAGAAGCGCAUGGAGUCUCUAAACCCUCACUCCGACUUCAGACUAUUCUUGUCGAUGGAGUCGAGUCCCAAGAUUCCCGUCAACCUGCUUCGCGCCUCGAGAGUCCUCAUGUACGAGCAGCCAGCUGGUGUGCGCGCUAACAUGAAGGAUUCCAUGUCCUCGCUUUCCACCAGGGCCACCAAGGCGCCUGUCGAGCGUGCCAGACUUUACCUGCUGCUCGCGUUCCUGCACGCCGUUGUUCAGGAGCGUCUUCGCUACGCACCCAGCUUGGGCUGGAAGGGCUUCUGGGAGUUCAAUGACAGUGAUUACGAAUGCUCCGCAUUCAUCAUUGACACCUGGGUCGAGAACGCCGCCGGUACUCGCACAAACAUUGCUCCUCAGAGCAUCCCAUGGGAGAUGAUCCGCUACCUCGUCACCGAAACCUACGGUGGCAAGAUCGACAACGAGGGCGACUUCAAACAGCUCAACCAGCUUGUCCACUCAUUCCUCACGCCGUCUGCCUACGAUGUCGGACACAAGCUCGUCGAAGGCGAGGAGAGCAGCCUCGAGGUUCCGUCAGGCACUUCCCUGCAGGAUUUCAUGACUUGGAUUCACAAGCUGCCCGAGCGCGAGCCGCCCACGUACCUCGGCCUGCCGGCCAACGCCGAGAAGCUGCUCCUUGUCGGUCUCGGAAAGAGCCUUAUUGAUAAUUUGAAGAAGGUUACGGAGUUGUUGGAGGAGGGUGAGCAGUUGAUGGUUGAAGCCUAG